UUGAGUGUUGUACUACCAUGGUUGUGUCUACAGAUGCAGGACUCUACGCUAAAACUAAACACAAACUUAGGAUGAGUGGUGUCGCGGCGUUGCCGGUGUCGCUAGCAGGAGCUGCAGUCAACGCCGCCUCCUCGGUCGCCUGGUUCGCUCCCCUCCUGGUCGCCGCCAUGGCGUACUUCCACUACGAGAUGUUAGACCCGGAGUCCAGACCCAUUGACGUCCCUACGACCAACAUACUUCGAGAAUACGACUUUAUCGUUAUAGGGGGUGGUUCCGCAGGAGCGGUGUUGGCCAAUAGACUGUCUGAGAUGGAGGGUUGGACGGUGCUGCUACUAGAGGCUGGAGGGGAUGAAACUGAGAUCUCUGACGUGCCUUUGUUAGCGGCCUACCUACAACUGAGCCAACUCGACUGGAAGUACAAGACUGAGCCACAGGGCACCGCCUGCUUGGGUAUGAACAAUCAGCGAUGCAACUGGCCCAGGGGAAAAGUACUUGGAGGAUCCAGUGUGCUCAAUUACAUGCUUUACGUACGAGGGAACAAGAAAGACUACGACAUCUGGGAGUCUUUGGGCAACAAGGGAUGGGGCUCAAAGGAGGCUCUCUAUUACUUCAAAAAAUCUGAGGACAACCGAAAUCCCUACUUAGGACGGAACUAUUACCACUCGACUGGAGGAUACUUAACCGUGCAAGAGGCUCCGUGGCACACACCCUUGGCUGCAGCCUUCAUACAAGCAGGCGUAGAGAUGGGCUACGAGAACAGAGACAUCAAUGGAGAGUUCCAGACAGGAUUUAUGAUUCCUCAAGGUACGAUACGAAGAGGUGCGAGAUGUAGUACAGGCAAGGCUUUCCUUAGAUCAGCCAGACUUAGGAAUAAUCUACAUGUAGCGAUGAACUCUCAGGUGACAAGAGUCCUGAUAGAUCCAGUGUCAAAACUGGCUUUUGGCGUAGAGUAUCUGAGGGAAGGUGAGAAAAUAAUCACACGAGCGAGGAAGGAAGUGAUAUUAUCAGCAGGAUCAGUGGGAUCUCCUCAAAUCCUCAUGUUGUCAGGGAUCGGUCCAAAGGAGCACUUGAGUGAACUGAACAUUCCUGUCAUACAGGAUCUCCGAGUCGGCGAGAACUUGCAAGAUCACAUCGGUCUAGGAGGAUUCACGUUCAUGGUGAACCAAGAGGUAUCCUUAGUUCAGGAGAGGUACGAGAACGUGCCGGCAGUCCUGAGGUAUGCCACUAUGGGAGACGGCCCACUGACGGUCCUAGGAGGUGUAGAAGGACUCGCGUUUGUCAACACCAAGUAUGCCAACGCGUCCGAUGACUUUCCUGACAUCGAGUUCCACUUCUGUUCCGGAUCUACCAGUUCUGAUGGAGGAAAUCAAAUAAGGAAAGCUCACGGGAUUACAGAGAACCUAUACAACACCGUAUACGAACCGAUAAGCAACAAAGAUGUCUGGUCAGCGAUUCCGGUGCUGUUGAGACCGCGAAGUCGUGGCUUGAUCAAACUGAGGAGCAAAAAUCCUUUGGACUAUCCUUUGAUAUACCCAAACUACUUCUUUGAUGACUUUGACAUGAAAACGUUGGUAGAAGGAGUUAAGAUCAUAAUAGCCAUGAGCCGGACAAAAUCCUUCCAGAAAUUUGGCAGCAGGUUGCACAAUAUUCCGUUCCCAGGAUGCACCAAAGUACCUCUCUACACGGAUGCCUACUGGGAGUGCAUGAUUAGGCACUACUCUGUGACCAUCUACCAUCCUGUAGGCACCUGCAAGAUGGGACCUUAUUGGGACCAGUCUGCUGUAGUAGAUCCUGAACUUAAGGUGUACGGGGUGAGAGGGCUAAGAGUGAUAGAUGCUUCCAUCAUGCCCAACCUCGUCAGUGGCAACACAAACGCCCCAGUUAUAAUGAUUGCGGAGAAAGGUGCGGAUAUGAUCAAGGCGUAUUGGGACAAUCAAAUACCCCUGAGCACCAUGGACGGACAAACACUGCGAAUGUACUCGACUUCGAGGAUAGCAAUGUCCUACGGUCCGAGCAUCAGCUUUGUGAUGUUGGUACGACUGACAAUCUCUCUGUUCCGUCCGGACAUAGAGGAUACGGUAAACCGCAGACUGAGUGACCUGGGGCCUCUAACACUCAACGAUGAGUAUGACUUCAUCAUCGUAGGAGGAGGGUCAGCAGGGGCCGUCCUCGCCAACAGACUCUCCGAGAACCCGGAGUGGAAGGUGCUGCUGAUUGAGGCUGGUGGAGAGGAGAUUGUCCUGAGUGAUCUUCCCUUUGCCUAUCCUGCGCUGCAGCUGUCCCCACUUGACUGGCAAUACAAGACAGAGCCCUCAGAGUCAGCCUGUCUAGGGAUGAAGGAGCGACGCUGCAACUGGCCCAGGGGGAAGGUCAUCGGAGGGUCAAGUGUGCUCAAUGCUAUGCUCUACAUCAGAGGGAAUGCCAGGGACUACGACUUGUGGGAACAGCUUGGCAAUCCAGGAUGGAGUUACCGCGAUGUGCUUCCCUACUUCAUGAAGUCCGAGGAUAUGAGAAUCCCAGAGUUGAGGGACUCCUACUACCAUGGCAAGGACGGCUACCUCACAGUGGAGCACUACAAGUUCUACUCACCGAUCACCGAUGUAUUCCUAGAGGCCGGCCAGGAGAUUGGCUACCAGGUUCUAGACGUGAACGGCCCACGUCAGUUGGGGUUCACGCGGUCCCAGGGUACUCUGAAGGAAGGUUUACGUUGCAGCACAGCCAAGGGGUUCCUGCGACCCGUCGCUAAAAGACAAAACCUCCACAUCACUCUCAACAGUCACGCGGAGAAGAUAAUACUGGAGGGUGAACAUGAGCUGCGAGCCACGGGGGUGGUCAUCAACAAGCAAGGGGUGGGAGUGGUGCGGACCAAGGCUAAGAGGGAGGUCAUACUGUGUGCUGGCGCCAUAGGGUCUCCUCAGCUUCUGAUGCUGUCGGGUGUCGGACCAACUGAACAUCUUGAGGAGAAGGACAUCAAACCUCUGGUAGACCUGCCAGGGGUCGGCAGUAAUCUCCAGGACCACAUCGCCAUGGGUGGUGCCACCUACCUCUUCGACUCCCCUGAAGACUCCAAGCCCCUCGGCUACGGCUGCGUCCUUCCCAGACUCAUGACCCUAAACACCCUCCAACAGUUUCGUAACGGCACUGGCCCCUUGUAUGGACUUCCGUUUGCUGAGGGGAUGGCUUUUGUCAACACAGUGAUGAACGACGCGGAGACUGAUUGGCCGGAUAUUCAGUUGUUCUUCGCCUCCGCGGCUGACAACACGGAUGGGGGUCUGUUCAACAGACGCAACACAGGACUACAGGAUGAUCUUUAUGCCUCAGUGUACGAGCCUAUCCUGUACAAGGACGCCUUCACCAUCGUGCCACUCCUGCUGAGGCCCAGAAGUAAAGGACAUCUCCUGCUGAAGGACAACAGUGCCUACUCUCACCCUCUCAUCCACCCUAACUAUCUGGACGACCCUCACGACGUCAUGACCUUGGUGGAAGGGGCCAAGAUAGGAUACCGCUUGGCUCACACGAAAGCAUUCCAAACACUCAACACUCACAUUCACAACAUUAGUCUGCCGGCGUGUUCACAUCUACCCUUCCUGUCUGACGCCUACUGGGAAUGCCAGGUUCGCUUCUACACAAUGACCAUCUACCACCCAGUAGGGACGUGCAAGAUGGGCACAGGAGAGGACCCAGAGGCCGUAGUGGACCCUGAGCUGAGGGUGUACGGAAUUCCGAACCUGAGGGUAGCAGACGCAUCCAUCAUGCCGACCAUCGUCAGUGGCAACACCAACGCUCCGGUCAUCAUGAUAGCGGAGAAGGUGGCUGAUAUGAUCAAGGCACAUUGGGAUCUCUACAAGCCAGGGUUCCUGGAGGAGAACGUGCUGGGCUCUGCUCCAGGGCCGGGUACCAUGGCUUGGGACAAACAACAGGUGGGUGCCUCCACUUACAAUACAAACACGCCCACCUCCUCCUCAGAAAAGGAACAGACAACAAAAACAGACGAGGUGGCUGAUCAGAUGUUCGGCGAGGUUCGUGAGGAGACUUUCCACAAGCUGAACGCAGCCCUGGGGGGCGAAGACCUACACUACGCCGCGGACGACUUCCACUACAGGACCAGGCGUGAGGCUACUGAGGGUGAGGACAUGGCGACCGUGGCGGACAGCAUCAUCAGGGACUUCAUGGAGUCCAAGGAGAUGGACAUGAGGAACGGUUACAUUCUGGACACUGAAAAGAGAAGGGCUACCGACUCGUCCUUAGAGAUUCAACAUUCUGAAGAAUUUGAGGACGAAGAUGUUUCUGUGACUGACGAAGAUCAGCACAGGGACUUGUGAUUUAAAGUCAUACCUUUGUAAAUAUUAUUUUAAAAAAUA